AUGGUCGAUGACGUUCUAAAGCAUUCACUUCAAUCAGAAACCUACGAUUCACGACAAUCACAAUCCUUAGCGUUGAAUUUGGCCAAUGUGUUGCGCAAACGUGCUCGGGAGAUCUGCACACCGUCGCGGUAUAAAAUCAUCACCCAAGUGCAUAUUGGAUCACGUAAAAACAACUCGGUCUCAUUGAGCAGCCGAGCGUUGUGUCAUCCGGACUCGGGAGACACGUUUGUGGAGGCAACCUACUCGAACGCGUCUAUCUACGCCGUCGCUUUGGUUUAUUGUGUUUAUUUUGAAUAA